AUGAACGACACCUAUCGACGCUGGAUCCGCUAUUGCGAGGACCAUCCCACCACUCCAACCAUCCCAGGGAAUGCUCCAAAAGCGCAAGAUCUGUGCCGCCGAUGCCUCGGCCUGCGCAAAGCCAUCAGCGACAGUCUCACUCGUCUGAAGAAAAUCGAAAAUGAUUACAGGUCCGAAGGUACCAACUGGGAGGUGGCCGUCCUGGGCACGCCGGCGACUUGGAGUCCUACUCGUUGCAGUCUGUGUUAUUUGUUCAUGACUAUCCACAACAACAAGCUGGCGGAGCACGAUGCAAAUACGCCCUACACCCUGCGUGCCUUCAAGGCCUACCGAGCGACUGGGCUGGCCGUCCUACCGUCAUCUACUCUCGAUACUCUGGAUGAGGAUUGCGCGUCGUCAGGCUUCAUAUCUCCCGCGGUUGCGAAAGCCAACAGUUCGGUGGGACCUCAUUCUGUUGGGCUCGUGGGAGACUACGUCGACUUUGCCUUUGUCAGAAGCUGGAUCGAGCGUGGUGGGAUGACUAACAAUAGAGACUGGAACGGAUUAUCUCUCAAGGACAAUCCCCUGUUCAAGCUCAUCGACUGUACGACUCGGCGCAUUGUCAAGCCCCCGGAGGGAUGUCCAUUUGCCACAUUGAGCUACGUCUGGGGGCGGUCAGACGAGUCUGUCCCGGACGGCGAGCAGCUGCCCCAACAGUUGCCGCGUGUGAUCGAGGAUGCUCUCACGGUCGCGAAACAGGUCGGCAUCCCCUACCUGUGGGUCGACCGGUACUGCAUCUCGCAGACCAACCUGGAGGAGAAGGCGGCGCAGAUCAAGAAAAUGGACCCCAUCUACAGCAGCGCCUCCUUCACCAUCUUCGCCGCGGCCGGAGACGGAGCGGACCACGGGCUCCCGGGCGUCUCGCGGAAGAGGAACGCCGACCGACAGCCUCGCGCACAAAUCGACCACAAGCACCUCCUCACGUGGACCAUGCCGGACGGGCCGGCACUGGUGCUAAAGUCACGAUGGAACACACGCGCGUGGACAUACCAGGAGAUGAUCUUCUCCGGGUCGCGCCUGAUUUUCACCGACCUGCAGGUCUACAUGGAGCAGCGAUGGAACAUGUUCCACGCCGAGGCCUGGGGAGAGUACCCGUUCAGCAACAUCGGUCGCAUCCACACGCACAGCACGCUGACUUCCCCCUUCAAUGAGAUCUACAAGCUCAACGACUACUCGCGGCGCCAGCUGUCCUUCCCCUCGGACGCCAUCCACGCCAUGCAGGGCCUGUUCAACGCCAUGGCCUACGCCAAGGUGCUGUAUCAAUACAUGGGUGCGUUGCUCCCGGCCACCAUCGCGCGCGAGGACUCCCCGGCCGACGACGGCGCCCUGCAGUACGGCUUCCUCUGGUAUCACGUCAAGACCUCCACCCGCCGGCCGGGCUUCCCCAGCUGGUCCUGGGCCGGCUGGGCCGGCGAGGUGGCGUACCUCGAGCUCAGCCGCGUGCAGCACUGGUACCACCCGAGCUUCACCGCAGAAAGCAUGGACGCGUCGGUCGAGAUGGCCGACGGCACGCUCGUCCCCUGGCAGGAAUUCCGCCGCCUGAUCGUUGCCGACCGCCUCCCCCCGCCGAGCAAGUUAUCCAAUUUUCUCCAGCUGGACGCGUACACGGUGCCGCUGCGUUUCGAGUGGCUCGACAGCCCGCCCCGACACUCCUGGGCCUAUGCGCCCGACAUGCCCCUGCGGCCAGGGUUCUACGUGCGCUGCCACGACUCCCACGCCAUUUACGCCCCAGUCCAGCUCUGUGGGCCCGUCGAUGCCUCCCGGAUCACGGAGCUUUCGUCGUCGUCAGCCGCAUGGGAGUGCCUGGUCCUCGGCCAGCUGGCGUACUACCGCUGGGUCGGGGACGAUCACGACAACUACGACAAGCCGUUCGCGGACCUCUGCGUCGUGGUGAUCCAGAAACAACAACACUUUGGUGGUGGUGGUGGUGCAGCUUCUGCCGCCGCCGAGCGCGCCGGGUUCGUCAACUUGGCCCACCGCGUCUGGGACGACGAGUGCGAGCGCAUCAGACGGCAGACGCCCAGGGUCGAGUACCCCGAAUUCCUCCGGCCGCUGGAGCUGAAGAAGACCAGGACGCGGAUCAGGUUGGGCUAG